GCUUGAAGAGACACACAAUCGCUUUCUCUGCUGGUGGAUGGUGCUUCGAUAAUACGACAGAGUGAACUAGAAAUAGCCACCAGAGAUCUGAGCCCUAUUUUAGUCGGAAUACUUUUCCGUCACUCUCUCGCUACUUUUCGGUGUACCGGAUUCCGAUUCUGUAUCGGACAUUGCUUCCUUUACCACAUUCUCGAGUUGAUUCAGGCUCCGGAUCAUAUCCACACUGAUUGAAUUUCAAAGAUAGCAAUAUUCUACUGUGUCACUCUCUUUGUUUCCUAAUGAUCUUGCCGCCGGAGUCGUCGCUGCAGCACAAUCUUGGAGUUUCUACAGCUGCUUGAUCACUUGGCUUGAAACAUGAAGAGAUUUUACGGAGGCCUUCUUGUUGCAUCAAUGUGUAUGUUCUUGACGGUGUACAGAUACGUCGACUUGAAACCUCCCGUGGAAAAGCCUUACAUCGCUGCUUCAGUCGUCACUCCCAACACCACUCUCCCUCUGGAAUGGCUUCGGAUUACACUCCCUGACUUCAUGAACGAAGCCAGGAACACUCAAGAAGCGAUAUCCGGCGAUGACAUCGCUAUCGUCUCGGGUCUAUUUGCUGUGCAGAACGUCUCCAAGGAAGAGAGAGAGCCUUUGCUUACAUGGAACCGUCUUGAAAGCCUUGUUGAUAACGCGCAGAGCUUAGCGAAUGGAGUGGAUGCCAUUAAGGAAGCUGGCAUUGUUUGGGAGAGCCUUGUGUCAGCUGUUGAAGCCAAGAAGCUAGCCGAUGCGAACGAAAACCGAACGAGGGAAGGCAAAGAGGUGCUCUGUCCUCAGUUUCUUAGCAAGAUGAAUGCUACUGAAGAUGAUGGAAGUAGCCUGAAGCUGAAAAUCCCUUGCGGGCUGACUCAAGGUUCCUCUGUCACAGUUAUUGGCAUCCCUGAUGGUCUUGUUGGUAGCUUCAGGAUUGAUCUUACGGGACAACCGCUUCCAGGGGAGCCUGAGCCGCCCAUCAUCGUACAUUACAAUGUCAGGCUCCUUGGCGACAAGUCGACUGAGGAUCCUGUCAUUGUCCAAAACAGCUGGACGGCGUCUCGUGAUUGGGGCGUUGAGGAGCGUUGUCCGAACCUUGACCCUGAUUUGAAUAAGAAAGUCGAUGACUUGGAUCAGUGCGACAAGGUGGUGGGUAGAGAAAUCAAUCGAACUUCUUCCACUAGCUUGCAGUCCAACACUUCAAAAGGGAUGAUUCCAGUAGCCAGUGAAGCAUCUAAGCAUGAAAGAUACUUUCCUUUUAAGCAAGGUUUCUUAUCGGUUGCUACACUUAGGGUGGGAACAGAAGGGAUGCAGAUGACAGUUGAUGGGAAACAUAUUACCUCAUUUGCUUUCCGAGAUACACUGGAGCCAUGGCUUGUUAGUGAAGUACGGAUCUCCGGUGAUCUGAAGUUAUUAUCCAUUCUCGCCAGCGGCUUACCCACAUCAGAAGAAUCAGAUCACGUUGUUGAUCUUGAGGCACUGAAGGCACCUCCACUUUCACCACUAAGGCCGCUAGAUCUUGUUAUAGGCGUUUUCUCCACAGCAAACAACUUUAAAAGACGGAUGGCUGUGAGAAGAACAUGGAUGCAAUAUGAUGAUGUACGAUCUGGAAGAGUCGCAGUACGCUUUUUUGUUGGCCUUCACAAAAGUCCUAUAGUUAACCAGGAACUCUGGAACGAGGCUCGGACUUACGGCGAUGUUCAGCUAAUGCCCUUUGUUGAUUACUACAGUCUCAUCAGUUGGAAAACGCUAGCAAUCUGCAUCUUCGGGACAGAGGUUGAUUCAGCCAAGUUUAUCAUGAAAACGGACGAUGAUGCAUUUGUUCGUGUUGAUGAAGUACUACUUUCUUUAUCAAUGAUCAACAACACUCGCGGGCUGAUAUAUGGACUGAUCAAUUCCGACUCUCAACCAAUUCGAAACCCUGAGAGCAAAUGGUACAUCAGUUAUGAGGAAUGGCCAGAGGAGAAAUAUCCUCCAUGGGCGCAUGGUCCAGGCUACAUUGUGUCUCGGGACAUUGCAGAAUCGGUUGGUAAGCUUUUCAAAGAAGGCAACCUGAAGAUGUUUAAGCUAGAAGACGUGGCGAUGGGGAUAUGGAUCUCUGAUCUGAAGAAACAUGGACUAGAGCCUCACUAUGAAAACGAUGGAAGGAUUAUUAGUGAUGGAUGCAAGGAUGGUUAUGUGGUUGCUCAUUACCAAAGUCCUGCUGAAAUGACUUGCCUCUGGCGUAAAUACCAAGAAACCAAACGCUCUAUUUGCUGCCGCGGUUGGUGACACUCAAAACGCAAACGCACUUUUUACUCACCUUGCGUUUUAAGUUCACGUUUGCGUCCACAUGUACAGAAAGAGAAUGUGGUUUUUAUAUCUGUUAAUUCUUUGUUGUAAAACAUCAUCUGUUUUGGUUUGUUAGUAUCAGUAGAUUAGAUGUGUAGUUUAGUUUAGGUAUAUAUAUUAGUACUUGUUUCAAUAGAAUUCUGUAAAAUUACAAACAAUAGUUUUAAUUCGAUUGGGGGGAAUAAACUUUCACAUGAGACAUGACUCAACUGUAACUGCUUACUCUUCAAAUCAGACACAUGUCCUCCAUGGC